ACCUUUUGAAAUAAUAGAAACAUUAAAAUUGCUGGAAAAUACUACGACCGUCCGAUGAAAAUGUACGGGAAAAUCUAACGGUCAGAGAUGAGUACCACUCCACGGAGCUUUUGCUUCUUUUCUGCUCCCUCUUACCGGAGCGAAAUCCAUCGUGCGGAAACGAGAGAUGGGGAUAUCUGCUUCGAAGCGAGUUAAGGCGGUGCUAACCAACUCGCCCGAGUUUGACUCGGCUUGUGAUUCGGCGUACGAGCACUCCAUCUCCCUCGCGCAGCACGCUUUUCCCGGAGUUCGCCGAUACCAGCUCCUCUCCGCCGCCGCAGAUGUCCACCGGAAUCUCUCUACUCUCCGGUUUCCUCUUGUCCUCAAGUGGGUCCCUUCUCCUCCGAGUCAAUCCCAGGUCGAUUCGGCUCUCCGAGUCAUUGCCUCUCGACGACGCGGGCGUGAAACCCAUGGCGAUUCCGUUGAGGAGGAGACCCUCGGACCCGGGGAGUUCAAGGAAUGGGCCGUUGAAGUUUUCACCGAAUCCGUGGUGGGAAAGGCUCGAAACGCGGUGCUGAGUGGGAUCCCGGUCGGAAUCGCUGGGAUCGCUGGAAUCGGUGCGGUGACUCGGUCGGGGAAUGGUCUGAUCGGGGCGGCGAUUGGUGUGUACGCACUCGGAGUCGCGACUUCGGUUUUUCUCGGCCUCUCAGGUUCAUCGUCGGAUCUUCUUCCGGUUUGGUUCCUGUAUGCGCUUGUUUGUGGACAUUUGAUAGCCUCCAGUUGUUGUAAGUAUGACAUUACGGGGAGGGAUAAGAGUUCACAUUGCUUCUGAAAUAGAAAGUCAUCAACUUUAGAUUGCAAUUUCAUAUUUGAUAUCAAUAUCCUAGAUGGAACCGACCGGAAUUUCAAAUCAACCCGUGAUCAAAAUCUAGGUCCAAAUUCGUAAAGAAAACGCACUAAACUUUUCAAAGAAUCGUCCUAAACCUUUACCAAACUUGGAUUAGAAAUACCGGUAUUGCGAAGGCUUGUGAGUUAACGUUUAAUGAAUCAGAACGAACGCCACAGAUGAAUCCGAUAAGCUCGGGAAUAGUUCAACAAGGACUAUAAAAGAGAAAACACUUUCCAGAUAGAAGAUGAUUCAUUGUUGGAUGAUCUACAAUGUGAUUUUUGUAUCCCAUUUGUAGGCUAAAACAACAUGAAAAUUAGCAAAAGUAACAUAAAUAAAGCACAAAACUUUAAUGAUUGAACGGUGUGGUCCUCAAAAGAGUCUAUGUGGUGUUCAAGAAGGAGCUUAAGUAUGUCUUUGAAAAUGUGUUACCGUAAUAGCAACUGAUCUCUUUGUUUUGACCCUCAAAAUUCACUCUCAUGGAUCAUAAUUAGAUUUAUAAUGGACCUAACUUGAUAAUGGGUUGAUCCAACUUAAGAAUCUUCAUGUUUUGUGCGAAAAACUUCACAUAUCAUCUCAACAUGUAGGGCAUGAAGUAUUUGGGUUCGAGAUUUUGUCAUUGAUCCGUUAGAAAACGUCUCGGUUUUGACAGUUUUAGAUUCUUCUGAGUGAUAUCUGGUUUGUUGUGAAGUAUCGAGAUGGAUUAUUGUGGUGUCACUCGGUCUGCCUUAUAAUUUUCCGUUUCGACCCUACUCCUGUUGAUGUCCUCAUCAAUCUUGUAGCAUCUUCUAGGUUUAAGACAUUAUGGAAAGCCAUUGUUUCGAAUAAAGCUUUGGACCCAGAUGGGUUUCUGCUGAAAUUCUCAAAGGAAAGAGG